GGAAAGCUUCCCCGGAGUGCGCUGGUGCAGCAGUACUUCCGUCAGCAGUAUGCGCUUGUCGAUCAAUUUUUGGGGGUUUUAUUAUACUUCCAACAUCCCCGAGCAAUGGCAGGGCGUUUUCGAUUGCAUCUUCGCUGCCUUUUUCGCCAUCCUUGGUGUGGUGCUCUUCUCUGUCGGCGUCAGUCUGACGACUCGGGCGGCAGCCCUCAACCCUGCCGCUGAUUUCGAAGCCCUCGGCCGAGUGUGCACCAUCACUCACAUAGAGUCUUCGGCAAAGCUUAUCAGGGUCCCUGAAGAUCACACAACGAUGCCGGCGUAUAUGAAGACGCACAGCCUACCUGGUGACCGUGGCAACGUCCGCUGCGACGUGAACUACAAGUACUCUUUCACGGCCGGUGACGGAACAGCAGAAUACACCUCAUGGAUCGAGACGAAGUCACAGUCCGGCCUCUGCCCACCCGCACCGGCGCUCCUGCACCUAGAGACGUUUGAGAGAGGCGAUGUCGUGGACUGCUGGAGAAUUAGAGACGGCAAGGGGAAGGUCGCUGACUCGUACCGAUGUGGCAACAAGCCGCACUGCUACAAGAUCUUCAACCCUGUGCAAGAAAUCAAGGAUCAGAAAUCUGACGGGACGGUGUUUAUGAUAGUGGGGGCAGUGUUUUUUGCAGUGGGCCUUGCAUCUCUGCUCUGCGUUCGUUACUGGGGUUUCUUGCUCCAGCUCGUUACUGGAUGGAUACGGACAGACAGGCGUGACGAUUAACCGAGACGGAUGUGUCGAAUGUGUUGAAUGUGGUGGAAAGGCCAUGCAUGCCUGCAUCCAUCCAUCCAUCAAUCAGAUGGAUCAAUCAGAUGGUGGGCGGGUGCGGCGUGGGGGGCUGGACUGCUCUGGGCUGUCGAUGACGUAGGCUGUGUGUCUUUCUGACCUUUUUUAUGGGAUCUGUAUGGGUGGGCGGUGGGCGGCUGGAUGCAGCGUCCGUGCGUUGGCAAAUGAUCUGAGCUGUAGUCAGUCAGCUUAGCUUUUUGUCUGACCCGAUGGCCAGAUGUGUGAUGGUGCGUGUGCCCUGACUUAAAUCACUUUCCGAUGAAUCAAUGAAAUAAUCGACAAAGGCUCUGUCUACCUGCCAGCCGCCCCCAAUUUGGCCGCCCCUCAUGCGUGCAUCCAAUGCAGGUCUGCUCGCACACACCCCUAUCUCUCACACCGGACACGGUCUGCUUGCGGGGUCUGCACCCGGCUGGGGCCUGCGAAUGUGCGUGACGG